AUGGUACUGCAAAAUCGGUCAUUUUCUCAAACUCCGCCACAUAUGACUCCAUCUCAGGGGGUUCGUCAGACUUUGCCCAUGCCACCUCCAUUCCCAAACUUAGACGAACUUAACCAAGUGAACUAUUUUACCACUUCUCAACCAGCUACUUCUGAACCUCUUACCCACCUAGUCACUCAAAAUGCUCCUCUCUUGUUUACAGCUACUUCUUCAAAGACUCAGUACAUACCGCCGGCACCUCAUCAAGUUCCGCCGGUAUAUACUUAUGCCACAGCCCCGCCAUUGACACAAACCCAAGGACUAUGUCACGCAGAUGUUGAUCAUUAUGUCGAAGUCGAAAAGGAGACAAGGGCAGUUAAUGAUGAAAUGAUAAAUAGAAAGCUCAAAAGUUUGGAGGAGGCUAUGAGAAGUUUACGUGGACUCGGUAGUAACCAAAGUGUGAGAUAUGAAGAAUUGUGUGCAUUUCCUGAGGUAGAAUUGCCACCAGGUUACAAGAUUCCAAAAUUUGAGAAGUUUGAUGGGUCGGGAAAUCCUUUCUUCCAUUUGAAAGUCUAUUGCGAAAAGUUGAUUGGCGUAGGAAAAAAUGAAGGGAUAAGAGUCAAACUAUUUAAUCAAAGUUUAAGUGGGAAAGCUUUGGAAUGGUAUUCCAAACAAGAUACAACCAAAUGGCGUACUUGGGAUGACUUGGCAAAUGCUUUUGUGGAUCAUUACAAGUUUCAUGUUGAGAUCGCUCCCGAUUUAUUUCAAUUACAAAAUUAA